AUGAGAGAACAUUUAGAAUCAUCAACACCUGGCCAAUUCAUUGUUGAUGAUCGAAUUGUAAUUCCUGACAAUGGUGAAUUAUUUACAGAAAAUGAAGGAUUAUUUGCCGAUGAUGUUCUUUAUCACAUAUUUCAAUUUCUAGAUGCAGAAUUUAUGUUCAAAGUUUGCAAACGAGUUUCGAUACAGUGGCAUCGAACAGCAAACAAAGCUCCUAUCAUUCUGAACUUUUCUUCGGAAUCAAGCAAACAUAAGAGAUGUGAACAUUAUUGCGAGCACUGGCCCAAUGUAGAGCUAAAAAUGCAAUUAUUCUACAUGAGUAACAACAAAAACAGCAUUACAGAGUUGAAUGUAGAGGACUGUUGUUGUGAUCGUUCGUACCUUUCAAAAUUUCUCAUUUCCGAUGAGGGAUCUAUUUUUUUGAAAGAUGUCAAGCGUCUUAAUUUGGCAAAUAAUCAGUUGACUUACAAGGACGUUAUUUCAAUUUUGGAAAGUAGUUAUUGCAACAAUUUGACAGAAUUGAAUAUAUCUUACAAUGCCAUCAAAGAAUGUGACAUGCAAGAAAUUUUAAACAACGAAACACUGAAGAACAUUGUAUCGUUAGAUUUAAGUGGUAAUGAAUUUAGUGAGACGAACAUGACCCUUCUGUGCCACAAUUUGACUCGCUUGUCAAGACUAACAUUGGCCGACAUGAAAAUUGGCAAUUCACAACAAAUGCAAUAUUUUGGCAAGAGUUUUAAUUUUCAAAAUUUACACGAAUUAAGUCUGAAGAGAACCAACCUCUUAUCUGCAGAAUUGUUCGAGAAUUACCACAAAAUGAAAAACUUGACACGUUUAAAUUUAUCAUAUUGCAACCUCAAGACCAAAGAUAUUACGGAAAUCUCCAAAAACUCACACAUGAAACAUUUAAAGGUACUAGAAUUGGAAGGAAAUAGAAUCGGUAACUCGGAAUUUACAUCCAUCAUUUCAAUGAAAAAGUUAACGGAACUACAUUUGAGUACCAACUCGAUACAAAGUAUUGACAGUUCUGUAUCCGUGUUGGAGAGCAACCUUUUUUACUUGAAUUUGUCUGAUAACAAAAUUGAUGAAAAGGGAAUAGCAACCAUUCUCUCCAAGAUUACCUUUCAAAAUUUGAAAUCGCUCAAUCUCGCAAGAAAUAACAUUGGACACAACGGAAUCAUUCACAUUUGUAAAUCCAAAACUAUGCGACAUUUAACAUUCUUGGAUUUAACUGGAACCAAAAUCAAAGAUCAAGGAGCUAAUGCCUUGGGCUCAAGCUCAUCCUACUUGAAAAAGUUAAAAGUAUUGCGUUUGGAUGACAGCAAGCUUGGAUGUAAUGGAAUUGAGGUCAUGUUUUCCACAGGAUCUAAUUUUAAACAUUUAACAGAGCUUUCAAUGCGAGACAAUCGUAACAUUGGUUAUCCAAAUCAAAGUAUUGAGAUUUUAGCCAGUUGCGCUGCAUUGAGAAAUUUAACCAUUCUCGACUUGAGUCGUUGUAAUAUUGCUGAUGAGGGCAUAAAAGCACUGUGUGAAAACGGUGAACAUUUCACACAGUUAUCGGAAUUGAAUGUAUCAUUUUGCAAUUUGACGACUCGUUCACUACAAUAUCUGUUGCAAUGUGAUUGCUUUCAACAAUUGACCAAGCUGUCGAUGGCAAUGAAUUACAUUCGAAACAGCAAUGUUGACGAGGAAUCCUUUCGGCAGCAUUUCCCUUCACUCAAGAUUUUCAACUAUCAGGGCUACGAUAGGGAUAAUUUUGCCAAUGAGGAAUAA